GACCGACCAGUGGGUUUCAGAACUUACAAUCAAGUAACAAGUUGUCCCCACCCGAUGGUUCGUACCACCGUGUUGUUGGCACCAAUAGACAGAGCCAGGAGGCAUCGAUGUACACACUGAGACACUUGGUUCGAACUGUUCCUUCGAUUCCAAAAGUGAACUUCCUUCAAACUAAUCUUAAAGGCGAUACAGGAAAAGCUUUAGACUUUGUCAUUCCUAGAACCUUCCCUAUUUCUAGACAAAUGGAUUAUUUCAAGUGUACCAAAUCCUCCGUUCCAGAGCAACACAAUUCAUAG